AUGUCAUCAUCAAACUCAAGGACGCAUUCAAUCUCUUCACAGCAACCAGAGAGAGGAAUCGAUACCAAUUCCGCAAAUAGCAGGCAGGUAUCACGCCAGCACAGUUUGAACCAUUUGUAUGACAAGGAUUUCGAAAACUCUCUAAACGUCGCCCUAGAGAACGUCACCUACAACCCUUUUGCUACAAGCACGUAUAGAUCGACUUCGGAUCUUGAUACAGAAUCUCUCACAAGAAACAUUCCUCUGCACUCAAUUUCCACACAAAACAUGAAUUCAGGUAACACAGACUAUUUUGACGACGAGUUUGACGAGGGAGAUAUACCUCUGAUCGGCACGGAAGAAGGCGGCUCCCAUGGAAACGGCAGAAACACGGCCUCGAUCUGGUCUAAGGGUGUUCAAUCCCUUAAGAAUUCAACGCGGAUUGGUAGAGAUCACCGGAAAGCAGUCAAAUUGCCCGAUCAUGAUUACGAGAGUUCGUUAUUUGCAGAGGAGGAGAGGAUCAUCAGACCUGGAGUCGACUCUAGGUACCCUUCAAACGCCAUAUCCAAUGCCAAAUACAACAUGUUUUCGUUUGUUCCAAUCAUCUUGUACGAGCAGUUCAAGUUUUUCUUUAACUUGUACUUCUUGCUUGUCGCUCUUUCACAAGCCAUUCCAGCGCUACGGAUAGGUUAUCUAUCUUCAUACAUUGUUCCGCUUGCAUUUGUUUUGAUCGUGACUAUGUCGAAGGAGGCUAUAGAUGAUAUACAGAGAAGGAGAAGAGAUAGAGGUCAGAACAAUGAGCUGUUCGAGGUGAUAGGCUCGACGUUGCCAGUGCAGGCCAGAAGAUUGAAAUGUGGUGAUCUAGUUAGAUUACACAAAGACAGAAGGAUUCCUGCAGAUAUGAUAUUACUUCAAGCCAGCGAGAAAAAUGGCGAGAGUUUUAUCAAAACAGAUCAGUUAGAUGGUGAAACAGAUUGGAAACUGAGAAUUGCCAGUUCCCUGACCCAGCAGGCUUUGCUGGAAGACCUAGAGAAUGUUACCAUUACGGUAGGGACUCCAACAAAAGAGAUCCAUUCUUUCAGUGGUAAGAUCACUUUCAACUCUCAUACAUCCCCAUUGACUGUGGAUAACACCCUUUGGGCAAACACGGUGCUUGCAUCAGGAUCUGCUAUUGGUUGCAUAAUAUACACGGGAGGUGACACCAGACAGGCAAUGAACACAUCUACACCUGGUGUCAAGACAGGUUUACUAGAACUGGAGAUCAACAGCUUAUCUAAGAUUCUAUGCCUCUGUGUAUUCCUGCUAUCCGUCAUCCUGGUUGCUUGCCAAGGAUUCAAAUCUGAUUGGUAUACGGACAUUAUGAGAUUUCUCAUCCUGUUCUCUACCAUCAUUCCCGUGUCCUUGAGAGUUAAUCUGGAUUUGGGUAAGUCUGUUUAUGCGUAUCAGAUAGAGCAUGACAAGUCGAUCCCAGAAACAGUGGUGAGAACGAGUACAAUCCCCGAGGAUUUAGGAAGGAUUGAGUACCUACUGAGUGACAAAACAGGAACUUUGACUCAAAAUGACAUGGAGCUGAAAAAGUUGCAUUUGGGUACAGUCUCAUAUGCUGGGGAUACCAUGGACAUGGUUGCUGACUACAUGAAAGGUGGCCAUGACUCCGCAGUUAGAGCCACUAGAAGAGAUAUGGGCAACCGUGUGCGCGAUCUGGUGACGACAUUAGCCAUUUGUCAUAACGUCACCCCAUCAAUGGAGGACGGCGAGAUAACUUAUCAGGCGGCUUCCCCUGACGAGAUCGCGAUUGUCAAAUUCACUGAAUCUGUGGGGCUUUCUCUGGUGAAAAGAGACAGAACGAGUCUGACUCUUUCCAGUAACCACACACGUCAAUAUUACGACUAUGACAUUCUCCAAGUGUUUCCCUUCAGCUCUGAAACCAAAAGAAUGGGUAUAAUCACAUACGACAAAAGAAGAGAUGAACUCUGGUUCAUGCAAAAGGGUGCAGACACAGUCAUGAUGAAGAUUGUUCAACAGAGUGACUGGCUCGAGGAGGAAACGGGAAACAUGGCUAGAGAAGGUUUACGGACCUUGGUUAUUGCCAGAAAGAAGUUGACCACCAAUCUAUACGAGGAAUUCAAAUCUAAAUACCACGAGGCCUCGCUCUCAAUGGUCAGCCGCGACCAAGAAAUGGCAAAGGUGUUGGCCCAGUACAUGGAACAUGAUUUGGAGCUAUUGGGAUUGACGGGUGUCGAGGAUAAGCUACAAAAGGACGUCAAGGCAUCCAUUGAACUUUUGAGAAAUGCAGGUGUCAAGAUUUGGAUGCUAACAGGUGAUAAAGUCGAGACCGCAAAGUGUGUUUCGGUGAGUGCUAAGCUAAUAUCAAGAGGUCAGUAUGUCCACACAAUCACCAAGCUGACGAGAGCUGAAGGGGCAUUGCAAUCCAUUGAGUAUCUGAAGAGCAAUAGAGACGCCUGUCUUUUGAUUGACGGUGAGUCGUUGGGACUGUUUUUGACUUUUUACAAGCAAGAGUUUUUCGAUAUCGUGGUACAUUUGCCAACAGUCAUUGCUUGCCGUUGCUCACCCCAGCAGAAAGCUGAUGUGGCAUUGUUGAUCAGGGAAGCUACUCGCAAGAGAGUUUGCUGUAUCGGUGAUGGAGGAAAUGACGUUAGCAUGAUCCAAUGUGCGGACGUGGGUGUCGGCAUUGUUGGAAAAGAGGGAAAACAAGCAUCUCUUGCUGCUGAUUUUUCUAUCACUCAGUUUUGUCACCUCACGAAGCUGCUCUUAUGGCAUGGCCGUAACUCAUACAAAAGAAGUGCAAAACUGUCUCAGUUUGUCAUUCACAGAGGUCUCAUAAUAUCCGUUUGCCAAGCAGUCUACUCCAUCUCGUCAUCUUUUGAGCCGUUGGCAUUGUACCAAGGAUGGCUUAUGGUUGGCUAUGCGACCUCAUACACCAUGGCACCAGUCUUUUCUCUUGCCCUGGAUUGUGAUGUCAAUGAAAGCGUUGCAAACCUAUAUCCCGAACUUUACAAGGAACUCACAGAAGGGCGCUCGUUAUCAUAUAAGACGUUCUUCGUGUGGGUAUCCGUCUCUUUAUUCCAAGGAAUAGUCAUCCAAGGUUUCUCGCAGCUUUUCACUGGGUUGACUGAAGAUCUAUUCACUUCGAUGGUGGCAUUAUCAUUCACUGCCUUGAUCUUGAACGAGUUAUCUAUGGUGGCCCUUGAGAUCAAUACUUGGACGAAAAUCAUGAUGAUAGCCGAAUGGGUCACACUUAUUAUCUAUGUCGGUACUGUUCCAUUCCUUGCGGAAUACUUUAACCUAAGUUACGUCGCGUCAUUGUCUUUCUUCUGGCAAUUGGUGACCAUUCUUGCAACUUCACUCUUGCCAAUAUGGGCUGCAAAAACAAUCAAUAGGAAGCUGAGACCUCCUAACUACGCAAAGGUUCAACAGUCCUAG